AUGUCGACGUACGGUGCGGUGCCAGACGACGUGAUCGAACGAGCAAUCGUCUCGGACGCACGAGCGAACGAGGGGACGUCGAGUGCGACGCGUCGAGCGCGCGUCGGCGCGGGAAUCUUUGCCCUGCUGAUGGUGUUGGGCGGCGCUCUGGUGUUGGGACGAGCGACGUUUGGUUCGGGCGCGGGAACGAUGAUGCCGACGAUAGCGGUAAAGACGCCCGCGCUCGGCGCAAACGCCGUUCAGGAAGCCCUCAACGAGGCGCUCGACCAUCUCCCUUGCGUGCAGACGUGCGCGCGCCUGAAGGAUGCGCUGUCGAGAAAAAUAGAGGGACACAACGCCGCGAUGACGUGCGAUGAUUUUAAGCACUUUGCAAACGCUGAUAGUUGCGUCAGUAAGCACUGUCAUUGCGAAGAUGCCACGGUGAUCGACGAGACGGUUAAGUACCUGUGUGACGAAGGAGGGGACCCAAACUCGGUAGGGAAGGACGCUUUUCACACGCGCACCGAGGACGCCGUCAUCGCCGCCUGCGCACCCUCGGGCAAGCCAUCGGACGCCUAG